AGGGUGAGUGAGAGGAACUGUGUCUGAGUGUUGGUGAAGUGCUGCUUUGCUGUUUUAGAAGCUGGUAGCGUAGUGAAAAUGGGGUGCUGCUGCAGUAAGGAGCUGAGCCCAGGCCUGCUAAGUGAGAGGACCAGGCUGCUUCAGGCAUCAAGCCCAGAGGCGCUGGGGAUCAAGAACCAGGACAGACUACACACUAAUGCUUUGGCUCAACAUGUGUCUGACCAACUGGCUCAACACACGUGUGUACCGGACGGACCGGCCAAAUGGAAACUUCAGGAACAGGAGAAGAAGAACAAUGUCAUCCCGGACAACGUGUCGACAGGCCCCAAGGCGAGGCAUAGCAGUGUCCGUGGCAUGCGGAGUGGGGGGCUACUCACUCCGCAACACUCACACGAGGAGGAACUGGCUAUUAUUAACGCCUCCACAGGCCCCAGCAUGGUCACACAGACAAACACGGACACACACACACACAUGGACUCGACGGAGGCAGGCGUGCCACACACACACGCUGCCAAGGCCAGCUGUGGGAAUGUUCCAUAUUUGGAGGGGAGUGUGAAGAGCCCAUUAAAACAGAAGAUAGCAGAGAACACUAUGGAUAAUUCCGUUAGACAAAGGAUACAGAGCACCAUGGAGAACCCACCCAAACAGAAGAUGGAGAAGACAAUGGAGAACCUAGCGAGACAGAUAGAGAAUACCAUUCAGAACCCAGACAGACAGAGGAUAGAGAAGACCAUUGAGGUCCCAGAAAGACAGAGGAUAGAGAACACUGUGGAGAGCCCAGUGAGACAGAGGAUAGCGAAGAACGCCCUGCUCAGGUCUACCUGGUUCAACCAGACCCCGGAGCCCGGCCAGGAAGAGACAGAGGGCUGGAGGACCCCCCUGGUCGGAACAUCCCCAACCCACCAGCUGUAUGAUAUCAGAGCUGGGGGGGAUUCCACUAGAGUAGGACCAGAGGAAGAUGAGGAGGAAGACUGUGUCAUCAGGGCAACCCUGGGGCGGGGUUUCAGGGCCAGAGCUCAGAGCUUCUACAGCAUCUGUUCCAUCGAUGCUGACGACCUAGACACUGACCAAUCCAACACAGAGGAACAUACAGCCUUCAUCCAAUCACACACAGCGGAACCUACAGCAAUCGAAUCACACAUAGCCAAAACUACAUCCUCUAUUCAAUCCCACGUAGCCGAACAUACAGCUUCUAUCCAGUCACACAUAGCCGAACCUACAGCUUUCCAAUCACAUUCAGAGGAACAUACAGCCUCUAUCCAAUCACACACAGAAAAACUUAAAGCCAAUGACCAAUCACACAGAGUGGAACCUACAGCCUUUGACAAAUCCCACGGUGAGCCCCCCGAGGCACCCGUUCUGCCGGACCUUCUCUGGAGAAGCUAUGAGGACCCUCAGACUUCACAACAGGACAGCUCCAUCGCCCCCGGAGACAUUACAGAUCCCGACAUACUUGAGCUGACAUCACGCCAGGAGAAGAGUGUGUGUGUGAAGGACGAGAAUGUGUGUGUUAAGAAGACAGGUAUUUUGUCCACAGUGAAGACUGUUGAUAGCAGCCAGGAAGGAGAAAACAAAAAGAGGCAUUUGAACCUCCAUGAUACUCAUAACAAUAUUCCCACCCCCACAUACCCCUGGCCUCCUAACCCUACCAUUACAGAGGAGCAACUCACACACAGCCCCAGCCUUAGCUCUAGUCCUAGCCCCAAAUCCAGCCCCCUGCUUGGGGCAGUGGAUGGGGCCACAUGUGUAGAGGAGAUGGAGGGGAUUGAGGUAUACCAAGCUGUCUCAGUGAGGAUGAUCAGUGAGUGGCUGAAAGGAGAGACAGAGGAGGAGGAGGAGGAGGAGACCAUACUCAGCAGCACAGUGGAAACCACACUAACAGAGGUAUCACCAGUCUCCACACUCUCCUCACUAUCCACAGUCUAUCCAGUCUUUGCAGUGUCUCUACCCAUGGACUUUCCUGUCCACUCAUUCAAAUCUGACCUUAGACCAGUGGAUAUGGAACAUGAAGUUGGAACAAAACCUGAUCAGUAUAAUACUACUUCUGACAGCAACGCCAAGCCUGAUCAAAACACAACUCAUGUGUAUGCUGGGAGACCUGAUAGGGAUGAUGUAAAACCUACUGGAAAUAACAGAAGCCCUGUUGAUGACUCAGAGCUCACUGAUUGGCCAGUCCAGGCUGAGGAUAUAGUGGGAAGGUCUGCAGCAACACAGAAGGAGCCGGAAACCAGUGUGGAACAGAAACACUGGCAGGAAAUGGCUGCCAUCACCAGUCACCCCACAAGAGAGAGCAGCUAUCCUCAGAAUUGUAGAGAGGACAGAGAGAGCAGAAAUCUUUCUCAGGGUUGUGAGGACAUAGAGAGCGGCCAUCUCUCUGAGGAAAGAGGAGGCUCUACUCCUGUCUCUCAGGACCUGCCUAGCGGGGACACUUACUUACAGCCCUGUCCUUCAUCCUCCUCUUCCCAUUUCCUUUCAAUAGGUUCAGAAUGGAGAGAUGGGAGGUUGAGUUCAGAGGGAGGAACUGAACCCACUGACUGCAGAAACCUGUCUGAGAAGAACACAGAGGACGGAACACCCGCGGAGGACGGAACACCCGCAGAGGACGGAACACAUGCGGAGGAAGGAACACCCGCGGAGGACGGAACACACGCGGAGGACGGAACGCACACGAAGGACGGAACACACGCGGAGGACGGAACGCACACGGACAAAAGGGCAGAGAUACACACUGAGAAUAGAAUAUCCCUCCUAGAGGAUUGUGCUGCAACAGACAGUAGCGUGUGUAGUAUAGGAACACAGUCUGACAGUAGUUUUGGGACACUACCUGAGGACACUGAGUGUAGUAAUAUAGCAACAAAUGACAGUAUGUUUGUCACCCCUGUUUUCCCCCCUGUGACAUUUGGAUUCAGCCCAUUUGAUGAACCCCUGAAGUUUGUUUCCCACGGCGAUGACUGCUCAGAUGUGGACUACCCUGUAGACGAUGCAACGACGGCAGAUUCCUAUUUGUUGGCGGGAGUGCUGGGAGUGGAGCCUGAUCAGAUUGACGUUUACGCCUCGACCCCCUCUUACCAGAUACAGAUCCUGGGUCAGGGGUCACUGGCUGUCACCACGGACAUGGACACCGUGGGGGUGAGAGGACAGGUCGAGGAAGGCGGCAUGAAAGACAUGGUGUCAGAACUGCUGGGAGAGGAAGGGGACCCCACCCUCUCUGGCCUCUACCCCUCUCCCUGGACGCAUUUAGGGCCAGGGCUGGUAGAGGAAGAGGUCUGUGGAGGAUGGGCCCAGGGGCUGGCCCAGGGUAUGGUGCCCAGCCAGGGUGAGGGUGAGGAGGGCUGCGAGGAGGAGCAGCCCCCUAGCUCCAUGGCCCUGCUGGGAGUCUACCCCACCUACAGCACUCUUCUGCCUCAGGACUCUUGUCUCUGGGAAUGGCACCAUCAGUACCAGCCUAAAUCCACCCUGGUCUCUGAGCUCAACCCCAACGCUCAGGUAUGGGCCAAUCACAUGCUUAGUCUGGACCCCUCUGGCUCCAUCUACACUGACUCCCGUCUACCAUGGCUGGGUGUUAACCAGGAAGGGUAUGACCAGGGAUAUGACCCGGAGGAAGUGGGCAAGGCUCAGCUGGAACCGAGCGUCGUAGAAUUCCCAACGGUCACUAUGGGAAACCUGUCAACCAAUGGCCUGGUCCAGGACAGCUGUCUAUCAGAGGAGCUCAUCGAUCAGCUGAAGACCUCACUGGAGUCCUGUCUGUCACGGGAAAACCUUGCCAACGACCUCUACCUCGUCUCCCAGAUGGACAGCGACCAGUUUGUUCCCAUAACAACGCUAGCCAACCUCGACCACAUCAAGAAUCUCAGCACGGACUUGGAACUCAUCUCUGACGUCCUCAAGUCCUUGCCGCUGGUCGAGGUGGCAGAAUGCGGGCAAAAGGUACGGCCCAAUCAGGGACGCUGUAUCGUCAUCCUCCGAGAGGUCCCGGAGACCACACCCCCAGAGGAGGUAAAGGCUCUGUUUGCGUGUGAGAGCCUCCCCAGGAUCCAGAGCUGUGAGUUUGCCCAGAACGACAACUGGUUCAUCACCUUUAAAACUGAGGCUGACGCUCAACAGGCAUUUCAGUACCUGAGAGAGGAGGUGAGGACGUUCCAGGGAAAACCCAUCAAGGCACGGAUCAAGGCCAAUGUGAUGGCAGUCACAUCUUACGCUCCAAAGAAUGGCUACAGGCCCCGCGCAAUGGACUCCUGCACCAAUCAGCAGCCAUACAACCCAUACUACGCCCCUCCCACUUUCCAGCAGCCCCACCCACAGCUUUACCCAAUGACCAAUCAAAGUUUGGCUGCCAUGGCCGGAUACACGGACCCUGACCUGCAGAUGGCGUCAUUAUCUGGCUUCAUGAACGGCUUCCCAGGAGGCCCCAGCUUCAAAAUAUCCCCCUCAUACAGACACAGAAGGGGGAACCGUGGGCAGCGGGACCAGAGGCGGCGUUCUGGCGACAGGGAGCCGGGUCUUCUGGAUGACCCCCCCUUCUUCCCAGAGCAUGUACCAAUAGGCCCCCCUGGCCCCCACAGGCAGGGCCGGCCACGGUUACCAGGCAACAGGCGUAGGGAGGGAGAGGGGGGUCAGCGUGGAGGGAGAAGGGAGUCAAGGUCCUCCCCAAGCACUGGCAUAGGAAGGAGAGGCCCCAUUGGUCAGAGGAGGAGAAGAGAUGAGAAGUACACUAGAGAGCCCCCCAAGUCGCCCCCCCGCUCCUUGUCUCCCAGUCUGGAGCUGGGCCCUACUAGCUUCCCCCCACUGCCCCCGGCAACAGCCUCCAGAGAAACACUUACCAUAGCAACCAGCAAUCACAAAGCAACCUGCAACCACAAGAGUGCAGUUACAGACAGCAGUACCAGCCAAUCAACCACUGUGACAUUACAAGACCUCCAGCCUAUCACAGUAUUGCCUCAGAAAACCCUCCCCCCAGAGAAGCUGAAGGAAACCAUGCCAUCUCCCAAGAGGACCACAGCAGCUCCUCCGACCGUGAAAGAACCUCUCCAGACCACGAAGGAAAACAGACCAGCAGUGGAGUCCAAGAAGCCAAGCUACGCUGAGAUCUGCCAAAGGAUACGAGCCAAUCAAACGCUUUGCGCAAACCCCAUUGACCACACCCCAUCCGGGGCGGAGCUUGCCCCAGCCUAUCCUGCACAGGAGUCUGACCAGGCUCAGUUACCACGGUGACCAGAGUGAGAUGGUUACUUUUGGUUGGGGAGGGCAAGAGGGGAGGAGGAGAGAAGAGGAAGAUGUUUUUCAAGUCCAAUAAAAAAAUCUAUAGCCCUUUAAUGUUGAUGUUUUGAUUUAUUUGAUUUAUAAAGUUUAGUUAGUUUUAGAAGCCAAGUUGUAGAACUCUUGUUUCUCUCUGCUGUCUGUCUGUCCAUCUUGUGUCUGUCUCUCUGUCUGUCUGACGGAACUCUCUGAAUUCUUUACGGUUUAAUAUUGAUUAAUUUAUUUUUAUGAAUAUUGAUUAGUAUUUAGAGCAUCAGACAUACUUCUGUAUUAAUUCCUAAGUCUAAAUAACUUCAGCGGAACAGUUACAGUAACUAUACGGAACACACUGGAACAGUUGCAGUAACUACACUGGAACACACUGGAACAGUUACAGUAACUACACUGGAACACACUGGAACAGUUACAGUAACUAUACUGGAACACACUGGAACACUUACAGUAACUACACUGGAACACACUGGAACAGUUACAGUAACUACACUGGAACACACUGGAACAGUUACAGUAACUACACUGGAACAGUUGCAGUAACUACACUGGAACAGUUACAGUAAAUACACUGGAACACACUGGAACAGUUACAGUAACUACACUGGAACAGUUACAGUAACUACACUGGAACAGUUACAGUAACUACACUGGAACACACUGGAACAGUUACAGUAACUACACUGGAACAGUUACAGUAACUACACUGGAACAGUUACAGUAACUACACUGGAACACACUGGAACAGUUACAGUAACUACACUGGAACACACUGGAACAGUUACAGUAACUAUACGGAACACACUGGAACAGUUACAGUAACUACACUGGAACACACUGGAACAGUUACACUAAGUACAAACAGCCAGGCACUGAGUGCCAAGAAGCUAAAAAGCCAAGAAGCUAAACUGAUUUCAUAUCGAAAUUUGUUUCUGCAUGAGUUUUAGAUGUAUUUAUUUACUGUUUUAUUUAGAUGGAAUGUCUUGUGUGUUGAUUGGUUUGUGUUGUUUUGAGUUUGGAGGGUGGGUGUCUGUUUAGAAGAGAAACAUCUGCGGUGGAUAUUGAUAUGUGUACAUACAACACUGUUAGCGUUAACAAAUUGAAUUUGAUUUGGAAUCAGGGGUAGCUGAAGGGAGAGGGUGGGGGAUGUAGAUAAAGCUUUCAGUUCGCAUUUCCUAUGUUUGAGAGUGAUUCAGUGUGCAAAUGCGGGUAAUCGAUACAGAAUUAAGGCACGAAAGUGAAUAUGUUAUUUUUUCUGUACAGAUGUAAAUAAUUUGACUAUUAUUAAACAAGUGCCUUUAAUAAUAAACAAUGGGAAACUC